ACUGACCCUGAUCUCUGGCCUUUGGAGGCAUUUGGGCCACAGAUUUGUUCAGGGAUUCUUUCUGACCUGGGUGUUCUGCAAGGGCAAAAGCAAAGAACGUCUGGUCCUCUUCUCCAAGGGCAGAGGCUGGCAAGCCAGAGUAUACGCAAAGAGGACCCUCAGGAGCUCCUGUGAGGGCUGGAAGCCCCGGCGACAGGAACGGGUGUUGAAGAGAGGGGCGUAGGGGGUGGUGUUUUGAGAGGCAGGGUUCUUAGGUUAAUCAUCUCCAUGGCUCAGAUAAGACCCUGCCAACUGGAAGCAAAUUAUUGGGGCCAGAACAGAUUGCGUGAGUGCAGAGGCAGGCGGGUUGGAGAGUCUGCAGUGUGGGACCAUGCCAAGCACCAAGCGGUAUCAGCAUGUGAUCGAGACCCCUGAGCCUGGGGAAUGGGAGUUGUCAGGGUAUGAAGCAGCUGUGCCAAUCACAGAGAAGUCCAACCCACUGACCCGGAACUUGGACAAAGCAGAUGCAGAGAAAAUUGUUCAACUGCUGGGGCAGUGUGAUGCUGAGAUAUUCCAGGAGGAGGGGCAAAUCAUGCCCACCUACCAGCGACUGUACAGUGAGUCAGUUCUGACCACCAUGUUGCAAGUGGCUGGCAAGGUCCAGGAAGUGCUGAAGGAGCCAGAUGGGGGCCUGGUGGUGCUGAGUGGAGGGGGCACCUCUGGUCGUAUGGCAUUCCUUAUGUCUGUGUCUUUCAACCAGCUGAUGAAAGGUCUGGGACAAAAACCUCUUUACACAUACCUCAUUGCAGGGGGUGACAGGUCUGUUGUAGCCUCUCGGGAACGGACAGAAGAUAGCGCCCUACACGGAAUCGAGGAGCUGAAGAAGGCGCCCUUUGUGGCAGGCCAGAUGGACUACUGCAUGGAUAACACAGCUGUCUUCUUGCCGGUCCUGGUUGGCUUCAAUCCGGUGAGCAUGGCCAGAAAUGAUCCCAUUGAAGACUGGAGAUCGACAUUCCGACAAGUGGCAGAGCGGAUGCAGAAGAUGCAGGAGAAACAGGAAGCCUUUGUGCUCAAUCCUGCCAUCGGGCCUGAGGGGCUCAGUGGCUCUUCCCGAAUGAAAGGUGGAAGCGCCACCAAGAUUCUACUGGAAACCCUGCUACUAGCAGCCCAUAAGACUGUGGACCAGGGUGUUGUGUCCUCUCAAAGAUGCCUUCUGGAAAUCCUGAGGACAUUUGAGCGGGCUCAUCAGGUAACCUACAGUCAAAGUUCCAAAAUUGCCACUCUGACGAAGCAAGUUGGCAUCAGCCUGGAGAAAAAAGGCCACGUGCACUUGGUUGGCUGGCAGACCCUCGGUAUCAUCGCCAUUAUGGAUGGGGUAGAGUGUAUCCACACUUUUGGUGCUGAUUUCCGAGAUAUCCGUGGCUUUCUUAUUGGUGACCACAAUGACAUGUUUAACCAGAAGGAUGAGCUCAGCAAUCAGGGUCCCCAGUUCACCUUCUCUCAGGAUGACUUCCUGACUUCUGUUCUGCCAUCCCUUACGGAAAUUGACACUGUGGUCUUCAUUUUUACCCUGGAUGAUAACCUCGCAGAAGUACAGGCCCUGGCAGAAAGGGUGAGGGAGAAGAGUUGGAACAUCCAGGCCCUGGUGCACAGCACAGUGGGGCAGUCCUUGCCAGCUCCUCUAAAGAAGCUCUUUCCCUCGCUCAUCAGCAUCACAUGGCCACUUCUUUUCUUCGAUUAUGAAGGGAGCUACGUUCAGAAGUUCCAGCGUGAGUUAAGCACCAAGUGGGUGUUGAAUACAGUGAGUACUGGGGCCCAUGUGCUGCUGGGGAAGAUCCUACAGAACCACAUGCUGGACCUCCGCAUCGCCAACUCCAAACUCUUCUGGAGGGCACUGGCCAUGUUGCAGAGGUUCUCAGGACAGUCCAAGGCUCGCUGCAUUGAGAGUCUUCUUCAAGUGAUACAUUUCCCUCAACCGCUGUCGAAUGAUGUCCGCGCGGCCCCCAUCUCCUGCCAUGUCCAGGUUGCCCACGAGAAGGAAAAGGUGAUCCCCACAGCCUUGCUGAGUCUCCUACUCAGGUGCUCCAUCACUGAGGCUAAGGAACGCCUGGCUGCAGCUUCUUCAGUCUGUGAGGUUGUUAGGAGCGCCCUCUCUGGGCCAGGUCAGAAACGCAGCAUCCAAGCCUUUGGAGACCCUGUGGUGCCCUGAAUUGAUGUUUCUGUGACCAUUGAAAAGUCUCCAUCCACUUCUGAGGGGACUUGUGCCAGUAAUACACGUUGCAGGACAGACUCAGUUCCGGUGGGUGGGGCACUAACAGCCCAGAAUUGAGGAAGAGUCCUGUUCUCAGCUGGAUCAUUUCCAUUUUUACUGGCAUCUUCUGAUCUUAGGAAUAAAACUAAAUGUCUUGUUUUGAACCCAA